AUGUUAAUUAUCUAUCGAGAGUACCGUUCCUUCUACACUUUCGAUGCCAACCCUUCUGACCUAUGUUGUGCUGCUCUUGAGAUCAAAGCUGCUGCAGAUUUCAAGAAAGCUAAAGAGGAUUAUCAUAUGAAUCACAGGAGGAAAAUAAAUAUGAAUAUUGUUAAUGUUGGCCCUGUUCUAAAUGGUGGUUUAAGGGCAAAACUGAAUUUGUCUUUCAGUUUUGAUGAGAUUAAGAAUGCUCUAUGGAGUAUUCCUGACGGCAAGGCUCCGGGCUUAGAUGGUUACAAUAGUAAGUUCUAUAAGGUAGCUUGGCCUAUUGUGGGAAAAGAUGUUAUUGAUGCCAUUCAACUCCUUUUUGUGAAUGAUAAGCUUCUGAAGAUGUGUUCUGUGCUUAAUCAACUUAUUAGUCAAAAUCAAGGGGCUUUUAUUGCUGGUCGAAAUAUCAUCCACAACAUGUUAUGUUUGGAUUUGAUUCGCCAUUAUUCCAGAAAGAAUUGCUCCCCUAGCUGCCUGGUGAAGGAGAUGUUGUUUGCUUUUGGGUUCCCUCCUCAUUUUGUGAAGAUUGUUUUCACUUGCAUUUCUUCCACUUCAUUUUCUCUGAGAGUUAAUGGCAAGCCUCUCCAAAGGCUUAAAGCCAAACGGGGGUUGAGACAGGGUGAUCCUAUGUCUCUAUUGCUUUUUGCUCUUGAUAUGGAAUAUUUGUCUCGAUGA